CGAAUCUUCCUAGCUAACGGCUAGCUUGUUGCUGGUGCCAAACAAACCGCUGGUUAGCAUUGUAGGCUAUGAGACUAGCAACAGCAACGCCGCUGUCAACACUGAAUUUUUCGACUUCACCGCAAAAAAAGUCAAUUUAAAAGAAAUCUGAAAUGGAAACAAACGCUCCGAAGCGACGAGAUAAUAAGAAAUCUCUUCGCGUGAAGGUGAUAAGCCUCGGAAAUGCGGAGGUCGGAAAGAGCUGCAUUAUCAAACGCUACUGUGAGAAAAGGUUUGUUCCCAAGUAUUUAGCCACGAUUGGCAUCGACUACGGUGUCACCAAAGUGCAGGUACGCGACAGAGAAAUCAAAGUGAACAUCUUUGACAUGGCCGGUCAUCCUUUCUUCUACGAAGUGCGUAAUGAGUUCUAUAAGGACAGUCAGGGCGUGCUGCUGGUUUAUGACGUCGGCCUCAGGGAGAGUUUCGACGCUCUGGACAGCUGGCUCGGAGAGAUGAAACAGGAAAUGGGCUCUCAGGCCAACAUGGACAGCAUCGUGUUCAUCGUCUGCGCCAACAAGGUGGAUCUGUCGAAGCGGCGAGCGGUGGACGAGGGCGAGGGGCGUCUGUGGGCGGAGUCCAGAGGCUUUCACUACUUCGAAACGUCGGCACAGAGCGGAGAGGGCAUCAACGAGAUGUUUCAGUCCUUCUUCUCGUCUAUCACUGACAUGUGUGAGAACGGCGGGAAGCGUCCGGUGGCGGAGGUCAGCGUCGGCUUCACCAAAGAGCAGGCCGACACCAUCCGGCGCAUCCGGAACAGCAAAGACUCCUGGGACAUGCUCGGGGUCAAACCGGGCGCCACGCGGGAGGAAGUGAACAAGGCGUACAGGAAGUUGGCGGUCCUGCUGCACCCGGACAAAUGCGUCGCCCCCGGCAGCGAGGACGCCUUCAAGGCGGUGGUGAACGCCCGCACCUCACUGCUGAAGAACAUUAAAUAACCCUAACCUGAACCCUGCCAGACAAGGACUGACCAAUCAGCACGCAGAUGUACAAACACUGUUUAUUUAUGCAACUCAGUCUCACUCCCAACGCGCCACAACGCCACGCACGGUCGGGUGCCUUCGCCGUUUGUUGUUGACGCAAAAAAAGUCUCCGUUAGGCCUCCUGCA